GCCUGGUCUGGCCCGCCGCCGCCGCCGCUCGGCCGAUGCGCCCGGAGCCAUGGACAAAAUCCUGGAGGGGCUGGUGAGCUCUUCGCACCCGCUGCCGCUGAAGCGGGUGAUCGUGCGGCGCGUGGUGGAGUCGGCAGAGACGCCGCUGAGCCAGGCGCAGUGCCGCGCCAUGUUCGCGCUCGGCACCCGGCUGGUGCUGCAGGGUCCCGACCCCUUCCAGCGGCAGGUGGGGCGGCAGGUGCUGGACGCCUACGGCCGCUUCCACCGCGCCGAGUUCGAGGCUUUCUUCAACCGCGGGCUUGUCCUCGGCCUCCUGCAGCGCGGAUACGGCGAGCUGAGCAACCGCGACCCCGCCAUCCUGGACUACAUCCAAGCAGGGCUGCGCCUCAUCAUGAGCUGCCCCUCGGUGCUGGAGCUUUUCGAGCUGCUGCAGGUGGAGGCGCUGCGCCUGGUGUGCGAGCGGCCGGCGCCGCCGCUCUGCGCCCGCCUCUGCCAGCUGCUGGGAGACUUCCCGCAGUGCUUGCCCCGCGGCAGGAAGCUCUCGCUCGCCUUCUGCCAGCAGCUGGUGCGCAGCAUCGCCCACUUCCAGAGCCAGGGCACCCGGGAGGCCGAGUUGCGCCUCUACGUCUCACAGGUAACCCAGGUCAGCGCGCUGCUCAGGAGCGUCUGGAAGGCCGAGCCCGACACGCUGCUGCCCUCGCUUCAGGAGCUCUUCGCUGUCAUCUCCGCCGCGGAUACUUCGUUCGAGCCUUCUGUUGCACUGGCAAGUCUUGUGCAGCACAUACCAUUGCAGAUGAUUACAGUACUCAUCAGGAGCCUUACUACAGAUCCUAAUGUGAAAGAUACAAGUAUGACUCAAGCUCUGUGCAGAAUGAUUGACUGGCUGUCCUGGCCUCUGGCUCAGCACGUGGAAACAUGGGUGAUUGCACUGCUGAAAGGAUUGGCUGCAGUCCAGAAAUUUACCAUCCUCAUUGAUGUCACUCUGCUUAAGAUCGAAUUGGUCUUUAAUCGACUUUGGUUUCCUCUAGUGAGGCCUGGUGCCCUUGCUGUCCUUUCCCACAUGUUACUUAGUUUCCAGCAUUCUCCAGAAGCUUUUCAUUUGAUUGUCCCACAUGUGGUCAGUUUGGUUCACUCCUUCAAAAGAGAUGGCUUGCCUUCCAGUACAGCCUUUUUGAUGCAGUUGACUGAGUUGAUACACUGUAUGAUGUAUCAUUAUUCAGGUUUUCCAGAGCUCUAUGAACCUAUUCUGGAAGCUAUUAAGGAUAUGCCCAAACCCACUGAAGAGAAGAUUAAGUUGAUUCUCAGUCAGAGUGCCUGGACUUCUCAGUCUAGUUCUUUGCCAUCUUGUUUAUCUAGACUUCCUGGAAAAUCUGAAACUGGGAAGACAGGCCUAAUAAAUCUAGGAAAUACUUGCUACAUGAACAGUGUCAUUCAAGCACUUUUUAUGGCUACAGACUUCAGAAGACAUGUUUUAUCUCUGAAUCUAAAUGGCUGUAAUUCCCUAAUGAGAAAAUUACAGCAUCUUUUUGCGUUUUUGGCCCAUACCCAGAGGGAGGCAUAUGCUCCUAGAAUUUUCUUUGAAGCUUCCAGACCACCAUGGUUCACUCCUCGAUCCCAGCAGGAUUGUUCAGAAUAUCUCAGAUUCCUGCUAGACAGGUUGCAUGAAGAAGAGAGAACUUUGAAAGCAUUGUCUUUGGCCAAGAGUUCUGAAAGUAUUAUGACUGACAAGUCCCAGGCACAAGAAACUGCCCAUAAAACACAAGUAUUUACUGAAGCACCUUGUAUGGACAAUGAAGAAAGAACUCUGAUAGAGAAGAUGUUUGGAGGAAAACUGAAGACUAACAUAUGCUGUUUGAACUGCAAAAGUAUGUCUCAAAAGGAGGAAGCUUUCACAGAUCUCUCUUUGGCUUUCUGUCCCCCAACUUCCUUAGAGAAUGCUGACCCAAAAUGCAUAGAACAUUCUGAAGUGAAAGACAACUACAUGGUGCAAAGUAAUACUUCAGCAACCAGUCCUGUUGCAGAAACACCUCUCAGUAAUUUGGAAGUAAAUCAUGGAUGUGACACAAUAAUGAAUGAAGGAACCAUAGAUUUUUCUAGUGAGCCAAGUUCUGAGAAUACCACUAUUUCUGAACUCAAAGUUGAAAAUAAUGGGGAUGUGUCUCAGAGUCUAGUAGGUAAAAAUACCCUGUCAGUUACAGACUUACUCAAUUAUUUUCUGGCACCUGAGAUCCUUAGUGGAGACAACAAAUAUUAUUGUGAAAAAUGUGCCUCUCUACAGAAUGCUGAAAAAACUAUGCAAAUCAUUGAGGAACCUGAAUACCUCAUUCUCACACUUUUGAGAUUUUCAUAUGAUCCAAAAUGUCACAUUAGGCGCAAAAUCUUGGACAAUGUUUCUCUACCACUUGUAUUGGAACUGCCAGUGAAAAGAGCAACAUCCCCUUUAGCUGUUGUUUCGGGAGGCUGGUCUGUUGGUGUGGAGAUUUCUGAUACUGGAGAAAAUCUUGCUAAAAAACUAAAGCCCUCUGGUGCUGAUGAAGUGACCUGCCCACAAUUGGUGCCCUAUGUGUUGAGCUCUGUGGUGGUGCAUUCUGGUGUAUCCUCUGAAAGUGGACAUUAUUAUUCAUAUGCUAGAAAUGUUACUGGGUCAGGGCCUUCAGGGCUCUGCCACCAGUCUACAGCUCUUUCUUUAGUUUCUCCUCAGGAUAAGUUGUUUGCAGAGGAGAGUCCUUGUGCUGUUGUAGAUAAUGAGCUGGACACUGAGAUGCCAAGAGAAUGGUUUCUGUUCAAUGACAGCCGAGUGACAUUUACCUCAUUUCAGUCAGUCCAGAAAAUCACCAGUAGAUUUCCAAAGGACACUGCUUAUGUUCUGUUUUACAAAAAGCAGAACAGCACCUGUGGCUUCAACACCAAUCCAGCAAAUGGCCUCUGGGUAAAUGGAGACCCUCCUCUACAAAAAGACCUCAUGGAUGCAAUUACAAAAGAUAACAAACUGUACUUGCAGGAGCAAGAGCUUAGUGCUCGAACACAAGCACUUCAAGCUGCCUCGGCCUCUUGCUCUUUCCGACCCAAUGGAUUUGAUGACAAUGAUCCCCCAGGAAGUUGUGGGCCCACAGGUGGAGGAGGAGGGGGUGGGUUCAGUACCAUUGGUAGAUUAGUCUUUUGACUGUGAAGACAACCUGGAAUACACUGGUUCCAAAGCAGCCUAAUACUGCUGAGGACAAAUAAAAUACUGAACUCUAUCAGAGUUGUAUCAGGCUUUGAGACUUGAUCCUUGUCCAAAAGCAAAUAUUAGUGGUUUUUUGGUUAUGUUUUAUUUGAAAUAAAUAAGUGCAUAAUGGAAAAAA